AGCCGUCCGGCAAGAAGGAUCCCGGGCAGCCCCUUGGGAAAGGAAACGAGAACAACCAAAGGCUGAACGAUGAACGAGGCCCGGAGGUCAGCCAUGGUGGCUCCGGAGGUGACGGAGCCCCAGCAGGAGUCGUCCCUCAAUGCCACCGAGAUGCCCAGCAAAGAGAACGUCUUUUCAGACAUGAAGGACAAGUUCAUGAACAAACUGGGCAAGCUACCAAUCCCGCCCUGGGCUUUGGCCUCCAUCCUCAUCGUGGCUGCCCUCCUCCUCCUCUGCUGCUGCUUCUGCGCCUGUAAGAAAUGCUGCGGCAAAAAGAAGAAAGGCAAGAAAGGCAAAGACAAAGUGAAGGCCCAGAUCAACAUGAAGGAGGUGAAGGAGCUGGGGAAGAGCUACAUCGAUAAGGCUGUCCAGCCUGAGAUAGAGGACUUGGACCCAUCUCUGCUGCAGGAGCCCAAGGAAGAAAAACCUCAGGAGAAACUGGGGAAACUUCAGUACUCACUUGACUAUGACUUCCAAAGCACCCAGCUGGUGGUGGGCAUUUUACAAGCCGCUGACCUCCCAGCGUUGGACAUCGGGGGCACCUCUGACCCUUAUGUCAAAGUCUUCCUGCUACCGGAGAAGAAGAAGAAAUUUGAGACCAAAGUCCAUCGCAAAACCCUCAACCCCACAUUCAAUGAGUCGUUCACUUUUAAGGUUCCGUAUUCAGAACUGGGGGGCAAGACCCUCGUCAUGGCCGUCUACGACUUUGACCGCUUCUCCAAACACGAUGCCAUCGGUGAGAUCCGCAUCCCCAUGAACACUGUGGAUUUGGCCCACGUGAUUGAGGAAUGGCGGGACCUGCAGUCAGCAGAGAAGGAAGAGCAUGAGAAGCUGGGAGAUGUUUGCUUUUCACUGCGGUACGUCCCCACGGCUGGGAAGCUGACAGUCAUUGUGCUCGAAGCCAAAAACCUCAAAAAGAUGGAUGUGGGGGGGCUGUCAGACCCCUAUGUUAAAAUCCACCUCAUGCAGGGAGGGAAACGUAUCAAGAAGAAGAAAACAACUAUAAAGAAAAAUACCCUGAAUCCCUAUUACAAUGAGUCCUUCAGUUUUGAGGUGCCUUUUGAACAAAUCCAGAAAGUCCAGGUCGUUCUGACAGUCCUCGAUUAUGACAAACUGGGCAAGAAUGAAGCUAUCGGGAAGGUCUUUGUGGGAUGCAAUGCAACAGGGGCCGAGCUGCGCCAUUGGUCUGACAUGCUGGCCAAUCCACGGAGACCCAUUGCCCAGUGGCACACACUGCAACCUGAAGAAGAGGUGGAUGCGGUGGUGGGCAUAAAGACCUCUUGAUGCCCCUUUCCUCUUGGCCAAAACCUGCGGCAACAGUUCCUUCUC